AUGCAACACUGGCAAGACAUACUAUUGUCACAAAACACAUAAACAAACGUCACUAAGUGAUGUCAACAAAUCUUCAAUACAAUAACAACUAUUAAAAUAAUUAGGUGUUGACCGUUCAACCACCAUAAAAUAGUUUUAAAAAAUAAGACAGUAAGAAAACGCAAAUAAAAUACUGUGUUCCACUACAAGCGAAGUUGAGUCAUACCUAAAAUUACGAAUAUAUUAUCCUUAAGAGGACAGAAACCUUGAAAAUGAAAUAACUGGUUUGUUACUGUAAAAGUUUGCAACAUACAGUAAGAUGUCUGGAGCAGUUUACCAACCCACAACUGUGACCUACGAGUCCAAUGGACCUCAGGACCGAUGGCAAGAUAGACCCAUCAGUUAUUUGGCUUCUACAGUAUCUCAGAGUGCUCGAAGACCAUGUGGAAUCAGUUGUUUACCGUCGAGAAAUAUCCUACCGCUGGUAUUGGUCACUUCUUGUGUUGCCUGUCUCAUACUGGGUUUGGCUAUGCUAGUACAUGGUGCCAUUGGAUAUUCGGAAACCCCAGAGAAUAAAGAAGACGUAUAUCUUGUUAUAACAGUGUUUGGUGCAAUAUUUUUUGCUUUAUCAAUUUUGUUAUUUGUAUUUUUCAUUCGAAUUACAAGACGGAUGUGUUGGAAAAAUGCUAAAGACCAUUUAGGCACUUCAGGCGGACAAGCUCUCAAUGUGAAUCCAUCUACUGAUCUACUUGUAACAGCACAGUAUGCUCCUGUAUCGGAAGUAGCUUAUCAGCCAGCACAGCAAGAAGACACUGAACAGAGCAAAUUGAUGUCCAGUGACAAUAAGGAUUCAAUAAACGAGGAUACCGAUCGUAUGGUUGAAAGAGAUCCAAGAAUUGUUUUACGUCCUCUAAAUACCGCCGCUCAUGAAGAAACUUAAAACAUAACCAAACACUUGUUCUUUUGAGUACUUAAUGCAUGUCACGUACUUAGGAAAACUUGAAGACUUCACCUUACUAAUCUAGAAUAUUUUUUCAUUUGUGUUGUCCUUAUAAAUAAUUUCUGAAACGAUGAAUUCGCUUA